GAAACUCUAAGUCAACAUUUACAAACAUCUCCUAAGACGAUGAAUCCCACAAUUCUUUGCGUUCUUGCUUUUACUUUGUCAGUAAGCAUGGCAGCUCCGAGGGUUCUCUUUAGAUCAAAUACGGUGCAUAAACAGCAAAUUCCAUCAAGGACCAUACAACGGGAAUUCCAACGGCAUCCACGCAUGCAGCAAAUAUUGUCACGCAUGCGCAAUCCAACCAGCAACAACCAAGCCAGAAAUGUGCCCACUCUGCUAAAGAAAAUUCAGAUAGACCCUCAGAGUAGAACAGUAUCCAUUAAAUCUCAUGGACAGCCUCAUAUCAUUCUCAAAAGUCGGCGUGGUCUUAGACUCAGAAUUCACGGAAAGGGGAGACAACCCACGAAAGUCAUCAACGUAAUGUUCCAGAACCGCCAAUCUGCUCAACAGCAAGGCAGACCUCAGAAUUUGCAGUCUAACGUAAGACCAUCUUCACUGUUCAGACAGCAAAAUACAGCAGAUCACACUGGACAGAAGAAUGCAUAUACCCUGGCACUGGGUCAAAGUAAUGCUCAAAAUAGACAGGAAGUUGGUCUUCAGACAGGAAGUGGACAGCAAGUUCGUAUCCUUGGAGACGCACGUGCCACUCUGGAAUAUUUGAUUCGUCAUAAGCUUCUCUCAUAUAACUUCCAACAGCCAGUGUCUGAUGGAGCAGUUGGGGCCGACAAGGUCAACACCAAGACACAGAUGCCUCUGGCAGGAAAAAUAAACAACACAACUGUUUCUUAUUUGCCAAGUACGACGUCACUUCCGCUCGAUUACGAAACUGAGGAACCGGAUUAUCCAAUGAAUGCAUAAAGCUUAACUCUUUUAUCUUAUCCAAAAUUUAAGCUUUUUUUUCAAAAAUAUGUCCAUGCUUGUAUGAAUGUCUACUGAAAUUCCUCUCUGACGUCACACUGCAGUCAAAGGUUCGUAGUCUACAAAAUUUACGAUGAAGUAAAAAAGAAAUGUAGACAUUAAUUAGGAUUAAUACUUAAUAGCCCGCUUGAUCAACAGUUAAUGUAAAUUGAUGUGUAUAUGAAAUCUUUGUUGUAUGGAGAGAUGAUGUUGAGAAAUUCCAUUAUUUUGUUGUUUAUA